AUGCACUUCCCCAUGGACUACGUCUCUCAGAUGCAGAUGCCGCCGCCCCGGAACGCCUUCAACUUCAGAGACUUGUCAAUGCAGAAGGAGGUACCCAUGAGGAGGCCGGCUAUGGACUACUUCACCAUGUCGAAGCCCAUAAGAGGCUCCUCGCCAACGGCUAGCCUCGCUGCCGACAUGUCACAGAACAUGCACAUUGAUCAGAGUCCGGACAUUAUACCACCCACUCCUCGCCGUGCUCUCUUCGCGGCUGGCAUGUGGCAGACUCGUGACAAAUCCUUUGUAACCACUCCUCCGGUUGCGUCCUCGUCUCCUGGAGUCAACGAUGGCAUGGACAUGGACACAGAAUUGUCACCUCUGCCUCACAAAGCCCCGUACAUUCCCGUGCAGAUUCAGCUGCAAUCUCCCACUCCAGAGGAGACUCCUUCAGACGAACCGAUGCUCACAUCUCCUCCCACAUCGGACCCAAUAUACACGGACACCUGGUAUGCCCCGGUGCUUCCGGUCGUGGAAAAGAAGAAGUCGAUACCGCGACGGCCGUCGUUGACCCGGAUGAAGGGUCUCAGCACAGGAUCGAUACCUCAGGCACUACACCCUGAGAGUCAGCUGCCGCCAUUCAAGUUCGGCAACUAUUCGGCUAAACCAACAUCUCUUUCCCUGGAACAGAUCUUCGAGUCAAGUCCAGUUCAAGAGAGAACGAGGCCGAGUCCUGUACUCGCCUCUUCGAGACCGCGGCCGCCGUUCGGUGGACUGCUUUCAAACUCGCGUAAUGGAUCACCCAACAGCCAACAUCUGCGCAAGGCAUCCAACCCAGUGACUCGACCAAGGAAGCUUACUCGUCGCUCGCUGAGCAUGUAUGAGCACCCUGAGGAUGUCAUGAAAGGCGAGAAAGACAAUGAACCAUCCCUUCCACCAAUCAUGGACAUCGAAGGCCACGCUAGCAUACCACGUCUGCCACACUUCACUACAGAUCAGAUUGGUGACCUGCCAAGAAUCAGUAAAGACACCAUGAUUGACAUCCUCGAUGGCAAGUAUGAUGGCAUGUACCAGAAACGUGUCAUCAUCGAUUGUCGUUUCGAAUACGAAUAUCUGGGAGGCCAUAUCGACGGCGCGGUCAACUUCAACGACAGAGAACGCCUAGCAAGUCAGCUGCUUGAGGUUGAACCUACCUCAAACGCUUUGCUGAUCUUUCACUGCGAGUAUUCUGCACACCGUGCUCCUCUUGUCGCUAAAUUUAUUCGCAACAGAGAUCGUGGAGUGAAUGCUGAUCGCUACCCAGCCUUGACGUAUCCAGAAGUCUACAUUCUGGACGGCGGCUACAGCUCCUUUUACAAGGAUCAUCGAGCGCGAUGCUUUCCUCAGAAUUAUGUUGAGAUGGAAGCCAAGGAACACGAAAUGGCGUGUGAGCGUGGCAUGGGCAAAGUCAAGCAGCAGCGCACGAAGUUGAUGCGCGCUCAGACAUUUGCUUUUGGCCAACAUUCUCCCCAAGUCGAUUCGAGUCCAACGGCAAUGGUCGAUGUCGGCUUGACUCUGAUGAUAUGGAACUUGGUCUUAACUUCACACCCGCUCCCGGCAUCCGACCUACUCUUGAUGGCUUGCGUCGGGCAGGCACUUUGCGGCAAUUCUCUUAUUAGGAGAGUCGCAUCUGCACUUUGGACGAUGCGAAACAUUCUGGAAGCUAUCAAUUGGUACGCUUGCAUAUAUUACGCAUCACCAUGA